UGUAACGCUGCUGUCAUCGAAAUAUAUUAAAAAAAGAAUGUUAGUUCAGCAAUUAGUUAUUUUAAUAUUAUUAUUGCUUUAUAAUCAAACAACCGCUAUGUAUAGUUGUGCAGAAUGCUCGGCGAUAGAAGAAAAUGUUGGAUUUGAUUGCCAUCCAGAUGAUAGAAAAUUUGUUUCCGUAAGAAAUAGUCAAAAUGAAAGUGCGUAUCCGAAUUGCGUACCAAAUCGCUAUGAGAUAACCAGUCCUAUACAACAUUACUGCUGCUUUUGGUCGCCGGAAUUGGGAUGUUCAAUACUACUCGGUAAAAGGCAGCUUACGUAUAAAGUAGCAUGCACUCAGUGCGAAGAUUGUCCAGGAAGAUGGAGUGGCGCAAAGAAUACGAUUCUUGGACAUAAAUUCUUAACAGGACUUUGGCCGAUUGUCAUUGUUUUAAUUGACCUUCAGAACUAAGGUCUUGUAAGAAGUUAUUCCUAAUAAUUACAGUCUGCAAAUUCAAAGUACAAACUCUACUUAAAUUUGACUUUUGACUUUUCAACUUAUCCCACUUAACGGA